AUGAGCGAUCAACCGCCACUAUUGCCAACACCACCACCUAAUCAGAGGCUGCACAUAGGAUUCGAAGGCGGCAGAACGGGAAGGAGGGAGGCAAACAAGCUUCUGAUUCCGAAUCCACCCAAAAUUGAUUUGCCCUUAUUCUCUGGGGAAAAUCCAAGAGAAUGGAUUCGGAAGUGCAACAAGUACUGCGUAAACUACCAAAUUCCUGAGGAACAGAAGGUCGAAGUGAUUGAGAUGUAUCUGGAAGGGAAGGCAGACAGGUGGUUCCAGGGUGUUAAGGUGGAGAAACCUGAGAUCACAUGGCCAAUGUUUGAAGACUUAUUGUGUAGAAGGUUCGAUAACAGGACAGGAAAAGAUGUCGUGGAGGAAUUCAACAAAUUACAUCAAACAGGGAAGGUCGAGGAGUACCAGGAAAAGUUCGAAGAACUCAAGACUCUCAUGGCAGUGAAAAAUCCACAUUUGAGUGAAGAAUAUUUCGUAUCAAGCUUCAUCAGUGGCUUGAAGGACGAAAUUAAGACUAUGAUCCGACUGUUGAGGCCUACAUCUCUAUUUGAAACUUUCGAGUUGGCAGUACUGCAGGAGAAUGCACUGCACUUGCAGUCCAGGAGUCUUAAAGAGAACGCAAACCUGUUGCUAAUACUGAAGCAGAACCAAGAAAAAUCUCAGCACAAGAAAUACAGUACAGAAGAAGUCAUGGCCUAUGCUUCAAAUGGGGAGAAAUUUGGGCAGGGACACCAGUGCAAACUUGGUCAUUUGAACUUUCUGGUCAAUGAUGAGGAGGAGGAUACUGAAUUUGAGGAUGCACUGGGAGAGCAAGACGAAACCACAGGGAAUCCAGGGGAGGUUAUGGAGAUGUCCCUACACACAUUGUCAGAGGCACUUAAGAGGAAAACAAUCACCCUGGUAGGCGUACUGGAUGGAGAGGAAAUGCUGAUACUGGUGGACACUGGCAGUUCUGAUAGCUACAUUAGCAGUGAGAAGGUAAUCGCAUUUGAUAUUCCUUAUAAAUUAGUCAAUCCUUUUUCUGUGGUUGUGGGGAACGGGGCCUGUGUAACUAGUAAGGCGAUAUGUCCUAAGGUGGUCUGGGGAAUUAAUCAGCAUAGGUUCUGCUAUGAUCUCAAAGUAAUGGAUCUAAGUGGAUGGGACAUAAUACUUGGGGUGGAUUGGAUGACUCAGUUCAGCCCUAUCACUUUUGAUUUUCACAAGCUGACCAUUUCCCUACAACAUCAAGGGGAAGCGGUACACUUGCAUGGCCAGGCUGAAGACUGUGAUUUAGAUUUAAUUAGGGGAGGUGAUCUGAGAACAUUCAUUGAAUAUAAGAGACAGUUAUGCAUGUCCAUGAGAUUGGGACAAAGUGAUCAAGAGCAGGGAAAUGACAUCCCUACAGGGGUCCAGGGUAUUAUUGAAGAAUUUGUAGAUGUAUUUGCAGCACCAACUGAGUUACCUCCAGUCAGGAGUUUAGAUCAUGAGAUACCACUAAAACCUGAUUCUCAGCCCUUCAAAAUGAAGCCUUACAGAUACCCUCACUCACAAAAAGGAGAAAUUGAGCAGCAGGUUAAGGAUAUGUUGCAACAUGGAAUCAUAAUUCACAGUAACAGUCCCUUUGCUUCUCCAGUUCUACUUGUCAAGAAGAAAGAGGGACCUGGCGUUUCUGUGUAG